AUGGUCGCGACGUGUCAAUAUGAAUGGACUGCAAUAGUGACUGUGGGUAGAAAUGUGGCCUGUCGUCGAACUUUGUGUUGCCAGUUAGAUUUAAAACAAAUUGACGGAGAUCAGCCAAGAAAUUUGGAAUCACACACUCCAAUCAACAGAUGCCAUGCCAAAAUUAUUCAACCUGACAAUGGAAGCUAUGCGGACCCCGACACUGAUGCAAAACCCCUGUGGGUGCCAUCUUGGAGCACUGAGAGGAGCCGUCUCUAUGCAGUACGGCCAGGGAUGAUUCACAAAGGAAUACCGGAUCGGUCAGUCCUCAACAGGAUUACUGCGCGUUUCAAGUCCUUGAAGAACAAUAGCAACUGGUGUGAAAAUCCAAUCAUUUUUCGAAAAGUGCUGCCUUCAAAUGUGGCCCAAGAAUCUCGACCUCCUUUGCAGGGUGACAUGGAUAUUCCAAGUGCUUGUACUUAUUCUCCAAUGGUCAAACCGCCUCAAAUGGCCAAUUCCCCAGCUUGGUCAUUUGGUGCAAAAUGUCACACAGACAGAGCUGGUGGAGAACGAAAAAGUUGGGGCAAAAACUGGUUUCAUAAUUCCAGUGUUUGGACCACUAAACUGAACAACCAGGAACAGCAAUGGCCUGGGCCAGCUCAGUAUCAACAUUCUGAAUACCAAAAUUCUGAUAUAAAUUCCUGUACUUUUGGUAAAAGUGAGCUGAAUUCUUCUUUCAAGGCAGAGGCUGAAUUAAUACCAGCACCGAAUAAGUAUGACCGGAGCAAGAGUGACGUCCAAAUCUACAGUACGCCAGCCUCUUUCUCACUCUCUGGAUCUCAACGGAUGACUACCUUGUGGCCAGAAAAUUCUCGACCAGAAAAGACUCCAGGUCCAGGCAGUUAUUCCCAAAUCAAGACAACGUAUCCACUGAGGUCAUCUUUCAGACGCAGAGAGAAACCAAUCACUGGCCCUAUCUAUUGA